CUGUGAUUCAGAUGUAGCUGAAUAACUGAAGACUGGUUUGUGUAUGUCUACAAGAAAGCUCAAUCAGCAAUGAUUCUUUCCACCUAUAAUACCAUCCAGUCAAUUUUCUGUUGCUGUUGUUCGGUUCGGAAAAGGCAAGUGAGGACACAAAUGAACCUGAAUAAUGAUGGAGAUUCAAGAGAAGAAUACACUUGGCACCCAAAGCAGCUGUCCUAUGUGUCUGCUCAUAAGAACGGAUCCAACAGGGCAUGUGUUCAGCCAUCCCAAAGAAAACCACUGCCACCCCUCCCACAAGUGGAAGAUCAUGGGGAGAAGAUUCGAGUUAUGGCUCUCUACGACUUCCUUCCCAGGGAAUCCUGUAAUUUAGCAUUAAAGAGAGCAGAAGAGUACCUGAUCCUGGAGAAAUACAAUCCUCAUUGGUGGAAGGCCAGAGACCAAACAGGGAAAGAAGGAUUAAUCCCUAGCAACUAUGUGACAGAAUACAAGCUAACCAACUUAGAAAUAUAUGAGUGGUAUCAUAAAAACGUCACUAGGAAUCAGGCAGAAGAUCUAUUGAGACAAGAGUCCAAAGAAGGUGCGUUUAUAGUCAGAGAUUCCAGACGUUUGGGAGCUUACACCAUCUCUGUGUACUCAAGAAUGAGAAGGAAUGAUGAGGUACCCAUCAAGCAUUAUCAGAUUAAAAGCCAUGACUCAGGGCAGUGCUAUGUGAGUGAAAGAUACCUUUUCCCAUCAAUACCAGAACUGAUUGAGUAUCAUCAGCACAAUGCAGGAGGGCUCAUAACCCGUCUCCGGUAUCCAGUUGGCUCCAUGGGAACCUGUUUGCCAGCAACAGCUGGUUUUAGCUAUGAGAAAUGGGAGAUUGAUCAAUCUGAGUUGACUUUUAUAGAGGAGGUUGGAAAAGGCCAGUUUGGUGUGGUCCAUUUAGGUAAAUGGAGAUCACAUAUCCUAGUUGCUAUUAAGGCCAUCAAUGAAGGAACCAUGUCAGAAGAUGACUUCAUUGAGGAGGCUAAAGUGAUGAUGAAAUUAUCUCAUUCAAGACUAGUACAACUUUAUGGAGUAUGUAUCCAACAGAAGCCACUUUACAUAGUAACAGAGUUUAUGGAAAAUGGCUCUCUGCUUAAUUAUCUCAGACAAAGACAAGGAAGGCUUAGGAGAGGAAUGCUACUGAGCAUGUGCCAGGAUGUAUGUGAAGGCAUGGAGUACCUGGAGAGGAGUAGCUUCAUUCACAGGGAUUUAGCUGCCAGAAAUUGUUUGGUCAGUGCUACGUGCGUAGUAAAAAUUUCAGACUUUGGAAUGACAAGAUAUGUUUUGGAUGAUGAAUAUAUCAGCUCUUCAGGUGCCAAGUUCCCAGUCAAAUGGUCAGCCCCUGAAGUCUUUCACUUCAACAAAUACAGCAGCAAAUCUGAUGUCUGGUCAUUUGGAAUUCUGAUGUGGGAGGUUUUUACUGAGGGCAAGAUGCCUUUCGCAAAGGAAUCCAAUUUACAAGUUGUGGAGGCUAUUUCCAAAGGCUUCAGGCUGUAUCGUCCGCACCUGGCUCCAAUGAUUGUGUAUGAAGUCAUGUAUAGCUGCUGGCAUGAGAAACCUGAAGGCCGCCCUACUUUUGCUGAAUUGACUCAGGCACUCACAGAUAUAGCAGAGACUGGGUGACCCAAGAUGGAACAUCAAAGACCCCAACACCAGUGUCCUCCUUGCUGAAUUGUCAGGAAAGGAAAUUCCUUUUUUGGUCAUUGAUAAUGAUCUUCUCUAGAAAGUUGCUGAUGAUGAAUGACCUAUGUACAUUGUGAAGACGUAUGAAGCUUUUCACUUACUUUAUAUCUUUGAUCCACAGUUUCUCCUGUGACGAUUAAAUUGCCAUCAUCAGUGUGUGAUAAUGAAUAAGUGGGACCCAACAUUUCUUUGUGGGAAGCCAGGGGAGCAGUGGGGAUCUAACUAAAACCCCAACUCUCCCCUAAGUUUUAUAUUAUGAAAGUGUGAUCUCUUUGGUCACAACCACAAAGAUUAAAACCAUUUGAUGGAGAGGCCUGACCUGCUGGACAUGUGGAUUUACACAGAUUCCCAAGUAUUUCCAUCUGCCAAGACUUUUGAUUCUUGAAGAGAUUUGUUGGAAAGAGAAGAAGAAAGCCACAAAAGGCAGAAGAUGAUACAAAAGAAUUCAUCUUGCCAAGCUAUAGGAAAGCAUAGGGUAAAGUUGGUGUACUAGAGGGAUAUGCCCUAACAUGGGGCACCUUAUCCUGUCUUCUCUUCCCAGAACCCCUCAUACACAUGGACUCUUGCAGAUUUGCAGCUGAAGGGUCAAGCCAGAAAGAUUGUUGAGAGCUAAGUGGGUAGGGCUGGUAUAUGUCACCCCAAGUCCCUUAACACCUUUGUUUGCUCCUUCCUCAACUCAGGUGGAAGAGCAACUUUCCUUGCCCUCCCCUACCAGGUGCAUCUCCCAUGCUGCUGACAAUCCAAAUAAACUGUUCUCUGAAUGUUACU